AUGGCCGCGGCGGCGCCCGCAGCAGCCCCGCCGAACUCGGGGACGGUCCGAGAGAGCUGGUGCACCCUGAGCACGAUCCGGUUUGCGGAGCUGUGCAACGCCGUUCACGAGAAUGGAGUGCUCAUGUACGCUACCACCGCUCUCGCAGCCAACCGCGGAGGCAUGAGGCUGUUCUUCGAGCGCAGCGCCACACCUGGGUUCCAGGACGGUGGACAAGGCUUCGACACCACGGUGAUGGUGAGGUCUAUCCUGUUGCGCGGGUUCGACAAGCAGUGCGCCGACAUGAUCGGUGAGUUCAUGGAGAAGCAUGGUGUCAAGUUCGCUCGCGGGAUGGUGCCCGACAAGUUCGAGAAGACAGCCGACGGCAGAACCAAGGUGUUCGUCAACGGCGAGGUCUUCGGCGAGUAUGACACCGUGCUCAUGGCCAUCGGCCGCACCGGCUGUGCCGGCUGGCUGAACCUGAAG